CCGAACACUACAUUCAAUAGCCUUGAAUUCGCUGCUGAAUUCGAAUAUUGUCUCUCUGCUCAUCACUUGGAGGCAUUGUUCUUCUUCAAACAAGUAAGAGUGACUUCAAUCUCUCUCGAAGAAGAAGAAGAAGAAGAAGAAGAAUUAGAAAAUGAUUCCUUGGGGUGGAGUUACCUGCUGCCUCAGCGCCGCCGCUCUUUAUCUUCUCGGCCGGAGGAUGCUGAAGUACUCAAAACCGUCACUAGGGUUGAUCAGCUUAAGGAAUUAGCGAAAUUGCUGGAAUUAGAUAGCAGCAAGCUCCUUCCUUUCAUUGUUGCUGUAUCGGGAAGAGUUGGCUCUGAGACACCUAUCAAGUGCGAGCAUAGUGGCAUACGCGGUGUUAUCGUCGAGGAAACGGCGGAGCAACAUUUUCUGAAACACAAUGAGACGGGUUCUUGGGUACAAGAUAGUGCAUUGAUGCUGUCAAUGAGCAAGGAGGUUCCUUGGUUUCUGGACGAUGGGACAAGUCGUGUCCAUGUGGUGGGAGCUCGUGGUGCAACAGGUUUUGCCUUGACUGUUGGAAGUGAAGUGUUUGAAGAGUCAGGGCGUUCGCUUGUACGAGGAACACUUGAUUAUCUCCAAGGCCUCAAGAUGCUUGGAGUAAAGCGCAUCGAGCGUGUUCUUCCAACUGGAUUGCCGCUAACAAUUGUUGGUGAGGCUGUGAAGGACGAUAUUGGAGAUUUCAGGAUUCAGAAACCUGAGAAGGGGCCUUUCUACGUCUCUCCGAAAUCACUCGACCAGCUCAUUUCUAAUUUGGGAAAAUGGUCAAGGUGGUACAAGUACGCCUCCAUGGGUUUAACUGUUUUUGGUGUGUUUCUAAUAACAAAGCAUGUCAUUGACUCUGUAUUAGAGAGAAGACGACGGCGAGAGUUACAAAAAAGAGUGCUUGAUGCAGCAGCUAAGAGAGAUGAGCUAGAGAGUGAAGGUUCGAACGGGACGCGUGAGAGCGUUUCAGAUUCGACCAAGAAAGAAGACGCUGUUCCUGAUCUAUGUGUGAUCUGCCUAGAGCAGGAGUACAAUGCUGUGUUUGUCCCGUGUGGUCAUAUGUGCUGCUGCACCGCAUGCUCCUCCCACUUGACCAGCUGUCCACUUUGCCGGAGACGAAUAGAUCAUGUUGUUAAGACAUAUCGCCAC